AUGCUUCUCAUGUACGAAAAUGGCUCGUUUGCUUACGUCACGAUUUUCUGCGCGACGGAGGUCCAAGUUGGGUUGGUCCGAAACAUUUGCAUACCUCUUGUUGAGCAGCUUUUCCUCGGCCGCCGCCGAAUUCCAACUCGAUACUUUUAUUUUGACCCUUUUUUUCGAUGUUAUGUGUUUGAGUCUGUUUGAGUCUUGUCUGACGCUUUUGCAAGGACCGUUUUUGCAAAAAAGCUUUGACAAGGGGAUUUAUUUUCAUUUGAAUUCUGAAGUUUCUGGGAAUAAUACAGAGAACUUCUUGAUUUAUAAAAUGAAUCACGAGACUUUCAAACUUUUUUUAAAAAUAAAUCAGAGCUCAAAUAAGCGGAAUAGCCAAAUUUUCGCAACAAAUUUCGCAACAAAACAUUUGUUUUUCUUUUCGUAUUACAGUUUUCAUUUUCUUUUCCUGUUUUUUUUACAACUUCUAUACUUAUAAGAGUUUAUUCUGAGAAAAAAGUUGAAAAAAAUCUUUUUUUGUAUCUUUUUUUCGAUUUUUUUCUACCAGUGAUUCUCAUUUUGGUUCGUUAUUAAACAUAAGAAGCUCAAAUAAUAACUCGAAACUGAGCCUUGUCUGUGUUGAAAUCUCACGUUUUCUUUGUUUUCUUUCUAAAAUUUCUUUGGAGUCUUUUUAAAAUUUCUUUAGAGGUCUAUUAAAGUUGACUGGAAACGUGAAAGCCAUUCCCUGCCAUGCAUAUCCGCUCAACAAAGCCAAAACACCGUGUUCCGCAACGGCUUUUUUGCCCCCAUGGAGCCGUUGUUUCCACUUGUCUCAUCCUUCCUAUUGCGGCGAAAACCGGCUCCGGUCGGGAUGGGCGCCUUCCUGGUUCUUUGCUCCCGUCUGUUUGCCUUUAUCGGACAAUGUUGCUUCUUCGGCAGCGGCAAAAACUCUGAUGAUACUGACUCAUUCCGCCGCGUGGAAGGAAAACGAGAAAAAAGUUUCAAAUAGACUUUGGAGUCAAAUAUGAAGAUGGAUGGGGUCAAAGUAAACUUCGAGUCAUUUUCGAAAAAGAGUAGAUUUUUCUUAUUAUUCACACUCUCCCAGGUCUUCAUUUACCAUCUAUAGUCUGUGUGCCACGACUUGAAAUUUAACCGAACGACGUUCCGCUGCGUACGGCCGCGAAGCGUUUUUUCCUUUGCGGAUCUAGGUCGCCCUUCCAGACUAUUUUUAUCGCUGAUAGAUGGAUCGUUCCACGUUUUGAAUGAAAGAAAAAAUUGAAAGCGCGACCGAGAUUCGCAAAGGCGCCCGGCGGAACAGCGGAACAGCGGAAUGUCGUUCGGUGAAAUUCCAAGUCGUGGUACACAGACUAUACUUGUCAAGAAUUCGUUAUUGAACUGACAAGGAGGAUCUAGAUAUCAUGCCGCACAUUAUCUGACAUGGAGAAACUAAAUUUCAGACUUUUAGGGCAAUCUUUUAAAAUAUUUUAGUGACUGAAGCAACAAAAUCGAUCAGAAGCUUCUCUUCAAGACGUCCCAAAAAAAAUAUCAUUCCCCAAGAACCCAAGGAAUAUCUGGCGGUCUUCCUCGUAGAAGCUCAGGUUUUCAUUGAUCGUUCCAAAAGCUAAACUCGUCGGGAGCUCUUGAUAAUAAAAGACCAAACCGCAGGAGAAAAAAAUCAGGGCUCAUAUCCUUUUCGAGCUUCACGUUUGUACUUUCGGUUCUGAAUAAAACUUGAAAAUUGACCAGGAACUUUUUUUUUCGACACCGAGAAGAGAAUUCCGCGGACAGAUCCGCAUUUGGAUAAUUUUCUUAUCUGACGGUCUCGAAAGUCUUGAUUGCCCAUCUGUUGUCCAUAGAGCGACUUUACUGCAAAACGCCCUUUUGGCGGGAACUCAAGCUUUUCUUUCUCCGACUUUGAAUUACUUUUUCUCUAAAACUAGGAAGUUUGGUACAUUUCCAAGUUUACCGUUCGAUUCGCAAUGAAAAGCUCUACAAAGUACUGCUUUGAACUGAAACACCGUUUUUUACUGCCCCUAUGCCUUUAAAGCGUUAGAAUGCGAUGAAUUGGGCUAAAAACUGAAACGAGAAGCUCGGACCUCCAGGACGAUUUCUUCACCCUCCUGUCCAUUUUCUUCUCAACAACGCAACCGACCAGCUGCUUCUUCUCCAGACACCAAAGUAGAAAAUCCCCUUCCCGAAGAAAUCCGAGUGAUAUCUGACGGACUUGCCAAUCCAGGACACGGACGACGGCGGCGGCAACCUGCCGGAGAGUUGCGUGAGCGGCUCAGGCGUCUGCAAAGUGGGCAAACACGGAUCCACACGGCAAGGGCGCCGUUUCGAGAAGGCACAUAUGAUUGGAAGAGCGACAAAAAAGCGCUCCAGGCCUCCCCCACCGCCAUAA